GAAUUUGAUCAGCAUUUUGCCCUCAUUUACAUUGACAGAGAGGGAAACCUUCGCCACGAGACGUCUACUUCCAUCUCCGAUAGUGCCCAGGCUAUUCUGUCCCCUCGAGUUAUAGGGGAGUUUCUGCAAGCGGUGGCAGAAUCAAGUGAAAGGGGCUUUUCAACGCCUGCUCUGCCUGACAGCCAGCCUCUCAUUCCGCAGACAUCAUCGCUAGCGCCUCUUGUGCCUGGAACAGCAAAAAUAAGGGCAAAUUUGCAACGCAGAAGGAAAUCGUGGACUGGGGAACAUAGUUUGGCUGCCCAAACGGCCACGAUCGCCGUCAAUAACAAGAGUCUUCUCCGUAAAUACUAUGAAAAGGUCUUUCAGAAUUUACAGCAAACGAAUUGCCGAGUUAUUGCCAAAGCCUAUGUAAGACUCGUCGAGCCACGCAAGCAAGCUCAAUAUCCCUACAAUGGAAGGAAGACUGUGGCAGGCAAGACACAGCAACUCAGUCCUGAAGAGACCAAACCGCCAUGGUGGCCGCCUGGUGUGAGCCACCGGGAACCGGACCACCUUCCUAAAGCUGAGCGCAUCGCGCUCCUCGUCCAUAUCCUUUGCGAAUUGCGCACCAGCCACAGAAUCACCGCGCAGAAGUUGAAAGAUGCAGGGCAGCCUAUUCAACAACACAUUUCUCCAAUCGAACGAUUGCAAUUACUGGACGAGAUAUACCGCGUUAAAGAGGAGGAGGAGGAAAAUUCCUGGAUGCAGUGA